AUGAGCAAUUACCGUUUAAAAGAUCCUGCACCUGUUGGUAAAGAGUUUAUAGUUGAAAAGUUCAACGAGGAGUUCGGUCUUAAUAUAGAUUACAAGUUUUUCAGAAAAAAACUUGAUCAUAUGAAAAGAAAGUACAAGAAAUAUUUGGGUCUUAUACAAAAUUCUACGGGAAUCUCGGUUGAUCCUGUCACAUCCGUGAUAACAGCAUCAGACUCAUGGUGGAAAGAUCGUGAAGUAUGUAAAGUUAUAAAAGCAUUUCACAGAAACCCUCCAGAGUUUUGGGAUAUUAUGCAGCGUUGUUUUAGAUUGUAUGAUGUCCAUACACAAUCACAAUACUCUGUGAGUCAAAGAAGAGAAGAGAUGAUGAACGAGGAUUUUGCUGACGAUGAAGGUUAUUUAAAUUCGGAAAUAUAUGGUGACGAUAUCCAAGGCACACAAGUUCCACAGACACAAGAAAAUGAACAGGGGUAUGGUGUCGACAUUGAUGAUCAAACACGUCAUUCAAAUGAGUUUCCUCGUGAAUCCAUGCGUCAAAGUACUGCCCCGGUUAAUAUGUUCCAGAAUCAGGCUGGCAGAGUUUCACAACAAGGAAGAAUAAGACGUGAAAACUCUACCAACAGAGUUGUUGGAAGCUCACAAGUCUCAUCGAGGAAUGGUUCACGAGGAGGUCGGAAAAAAGCAAUCAUUUCAGGCAACUCUAACAGAUACAAUGGCUGGUUUUAG